GAGAAGGGGAGAGAGAGAGAGAGAAACGUUUUGGUCGUUUACUGUUGGUCACGUCCAACGAUGCAGCUUCAAACACUCCUAAAUAAUAGCCCACCUCUCUCUCUCUCUGAAACCCGCCCAAAGCAGAUAUCUUUGAUUAAAAACUGUACAUCUAUUUCUCUCUCUCUCUGAUAAUUAACGAGAACAAAGAGACACAAAGCCAGAGAGAGAGAGAGAGUGUGUGUUGGGUUUUGGAUAAAAGUAAAAAAAAUGGCGAGCUACAAGUACAAGGUGUUGGGGUUCCGCAGGAAGUUCAAGAUGAACGAGGUGGUGCCACCGCCGGACGUGAAAGAAGCGUUUUCCAAGUUCGCCGACGGUGGGGACCACAUGUCGGCCGAUCAGCUCCGCCGGUUCAAGGUGGAGCACCAGUGCGAGGUGGACUGCACCGUAUCUGAUGCGGAGAGAUUCAUACAAGAGUUUCUUCGCAGUAGACCACACGACACCACCACCACCACCACCCAACAACAACAACAGCAAGGUCUCUGCCUCCUUGAUUUCUUUCACUUCCUCUUUCUUGACCAUCUCAAUGGCCCUAUCAAAUCCAAGGUACACCAUGAUAUGAAUGCUCCAUUGUCACAUUAUUUCAUAUAUACAGGGCACAAUUCCUACCUAACUGGGAAUCAACUCAGCAGUGAGUGUAGCGAUGCCCCAGUCAUAAAGGCGUUGCAAAGAGGUGUGAGAGUAAUUGAACUUGAUUUAUGGCCAAAUUCUACAAAAGAUGAUGUUAAUGUUCUUCAUGGAAGGACUCUGACCACUCCUGUGAAGCUCAUCAGAUGUUUGAAGUCCAUUAAAGAGCAUGCUUUUGUUAAAUCUCCAUACCCUGUCAUCAUAACUCUAGAAGACCACCUUACCCAUGACCUUCAGGCCAAAGUUGCAGAGAUGGUGACUCAAAUAUUCGGAGAAAUGCUGUAUUACCCCCAGGGAGAAUGCUUAGCUGAAUUCCCUUCACCAGAAUCACUGAAACAUCGUGUUGUUAUUUCUACCAAACCACCUAAAGAAUACCUUGAAACAAAGCAUAUCAAAGACAAGGGAAGUAUCUUGACUAAUGGAAGGGAAUCAUCUGAAGAAACAUCAGCAAAUGGGCCUGAAGUGGACGAGAGAAGUGAGAGUGAUCAAGAUGACGAAGAUGUUAAUGUGUGCGACUACAAAUUAGUCCAGCGAGCAGCACCAAAAUACAAACGUUUGAUUACAAUUCAUGCUGGGAAACCAAAGGGUAGUUUAAAAGAUGCAUUGAGUGUUGUAGGUGAUGAAGUUAAACGUCUUAGUUUGAGUGAACAGGAACUUGAGAAAGCUGCCACAUCUCAUGGAACUGAGGUUGUGAGGUUCACGCAGAGAAAUUUACUAAGAGUGUACCCCAAAGGAACACGUGUCACCUCCUCUAAUUACAAGCCACACAUUGGGUGGAUGCAUGGGGCUCAGAUGGUUGCAUUUAAUAUGCAGGGAUAUGGCAAAUCACUCUGGUUGAUGCAUGGGAUGUUUAAAGCCAAUGGAGAGUGUGGUUAUGUGAAAAAACCUGAUUUUCUGAUGCAAACGGGUUCUCAUAACGAGGUAUUUGAUCCCAAAAGAACCUUGCUAGUGAAGAAGACAUUAAAGGUGAAAGUAUACAUGGGAGAUGGAUGGCACUUGGAUUUUAGCCAAACACAUUUCGAUGCAUUCUCACCGCCAGACUUCUAUACAAAGGUUCGCAUUGUUGGGGUGCAAGCUGACGCCAUCAAGAAGAAAACCAAGAUAAUUGAAGAUGACUGGACUCCUGUUUGGGAUGAAGAAUUUACAUUCGCUUUGACAGUUCCAGAGCUUGCAUUGCUUCAGAUUGUAGUACGAGAGUAUGAUGUGUCUGAGAAGGAUGACUUUGGUGGGCAGACAUGUUUACCUGUCUCAGAAAUAAGACCCGGUAUCCGUGCUGUCUCACUUUAUAACAAAAAGGGAGAGAAACUAAAAUCUGUUAGGCUUCUAAUGCGGUUUCAAUUUGUAUAGGCUUUUUAGGAUAUCAUUCAUCCAGGAUAUGUGCUCCAUGAUCCAUCCCUUUAGUCCAUACUCUAUAAUGCAUUACUUGCAUGGUUUUGUGUUACAAUGAUUGUAUACAGAUAGGACUGCCUUAGAUUUGUUAGAAGAUAAUUUUAGUUACUAUAAAAAUCCAUAUAUGUCCCAAUGCAUGUGCUCUAUUCUAUGCUCUA